CUUAAGACGUUUAAAAUAUACGAUCUUAUUUUAAAAAAUGUGUUCGUUGAAGAAAUCUUCUUUAGUGAUUAUAUUACUGCUGAAUAAUGAAAUAUUUGCUCUGAAAAAGAUUUCUCGACAGAAGAGAUGCAUAGUGAUUCAGAAGCAGACUGGAGGUAAAGCGGACAGCGGAGAAAGAGCUGAUGACGACGAUUAUGACUACAAUAAAGGAUCUCCUCCUAAACUUACUCCAGAUCGACUCAGGAGUAAAGGUGAUGAAAUGAAGAAACGAGAUGACGUGGAGAGUCUCCCACGAGAGUUACAGACAUAUCAACUACCGAACAAGAUCAUGUACCGACAGAUGCGACUUAAGAAUCGGUUGUUGAGGAGCAAUCUUUAUUAAUAUGAAUGAAUACUAGUAAACC